AUGCUAGAUAACAUGCAAUUUCAUUCUCCAGCACCGGAACAUCCUCAAUUGAAUGGGGGUAUUAACAAAAUUCCCGCUUCCCACAAAAUAGGUUACAAAUUAAACCAGCAAGUGCAGAGAUUGGCUGUGGUCAGGAAUAAUAUUGAAGAGAGAUUGAACUCGAUGGAAUCCUCACACGGACAGAUAUCCGAUAGUAGCGUUGUCCGUGCUAUCGAUGCAAGUAUCGAUGACUUCCUAAUACCUUCACCUCCAUUAUCGCCAAAGCUGAGGCAAUGCCCCAUAAUAAGCCAGCCUCAGCUGGUUAAUGUGGAAAGCGACCAUAGGGAGCUGAUCAUGUUGACCCCCGUUUGGGAAGCGGGCUUGAACUCUCAGAAGUACAACCAUAAUACAAGGAAUUUCUUAUCGCAAUAUAGCUUCUUCCGAGAUAUGAAAACAACGAAAAGGAUUCCUAACAAAGAAAAUAGGAAAUUGAAAGUGGUAAAAUCUGUUGUGAACUCAGAAGCUCUGCCCAAGAGAAGAAGAUACGAUAGGAAAAUUAAGAGAAGAUCAAGGGAGUUGUACGAAGAUGAUGGAAACAGGUCAGAAAACUAUGAUGAAGAAAGUGCUCAAGAAGUUCCAGUUAGAUCAGUGACUCCGAUACGUCAAGUUAAAAGGUCUCUUCAUACUAUUUCUUCGCCAUUGGCCUCACAGGGCGUAGUGAAUAAUGUCCCCAAGUAUAUUCCAAGCAUGUCGUGGGAAAAGUUGCCGGAUUACUCACCUCCUCUUCACACUUUGCCGAAUAGUAAUAAUAAAGUUUUAAAAGUGGAAUGGAAAGGCUCUCCAAUGGACUUGAAUCAUGAUCCUCUCAAACAGCGUCUGCAUCCUGCAGAACUAGUUCUCGCACAGAUUCUGAGACUUCCAUGUGAUCUUUAUUUGGACUCUAAAAGAAGAUUUUUCUUGGAAAAAGUUCAUAGAUUCAAAAAGGGGUUGCCGUUCAGGAGAACGGAUGCUCAAAAGGCUUGUAGAAUAGACGUUAAUAAAGCAUCAAGGCUAUUUGCAGCAUUUGAAAAGGUAGGUUGGUUACAAGAUAAACAUUUUGAAAAGUAUUUGUAA